GUUCAAUCAUUUUUGUUUGUUGUUUUAGUAUGUGAAUGAGAAAAGAUGGAACCCAAAUGAGUGGAGAGUCUUCCACGUGGGAAGCAAAGAAGUGACAUGGAGAGAGGAGUGAGUGGAUCACCCCAAACGAAGGAACCAGUCGCAUCCAAGUGGUUUUUGCUGACACAACCUGCUGUAGCCGGUCAUUUGACACCAUGUUAUCGGCUAGUCCCUUCCUAGGAUAUUGAGUGGUCAAACGUUUGCAAACAGUUAGUCGGGGUUGUGAGGGGUUUAAGAACAAACACAGGCUUGGGGUAGUUUUCAGGAGGAUUUUGUUUUAUCAGACAAUAGCCCAAGUCUCUGGGUGAGAAUUUUUUGAUUGCCUUUCAUCAACAAAUUUCUUGCAGACAACCAAAAAUAAGUGUUCAUUUUUUUGGUGCAAACAUAAUUCAACACAACAAGAAAGGGGGGUAUUUGUCGGCUUGAUUUUCAAACCAGAAGAGAGUGGCCUCAACAUGGGUUGAAGGGUUCUUCUAAUGCCCACUUACCUGUUCUAAUCUUAGGUGUUUGCAAACCUCAAGGAAGUCGAUUAGAUUCUAUCUAAUGACUUUUUCUUAUAGGAGUGAUUAUCUGAGAUAUGGUGUUGCAGAAGAGGUUGAACUAUGGUUUUAAUGGCUAUCAGGUGCCUGUCAUUCCUAGAGCUUCAAGGUCAGCUAGGGGGAGGGGCACAAUCAGGAAGAAACCUGACAGCAGCCAGAUACAGGCUUUUGAAAUCUUGGCUAGUGUAGCUGGAAACUUUUUGCAGGAGAAUGAGAGUUCCAAUCCUGAAAAUGUUGUGCUUGCAAAAGAUCCUCGCACUUUGUCUGGUACUAACAUAAAGGACAAACAUGGGGAUGAAAGGUCAUUUAAGGGGGCCCUGUUUGAGCAUGGAGCUUGCAGUGAAAUUGCCUCUGUCUUUGUCCCUAGUAUGCAAGGGAAACAUGACAACCAUAGAGUCAUGGGGGAUUCAUCUUUUCUUGACAAUCAUCUUGAAGGCCAAGGACAAAAUGUCCCUGAGAGGGAAGAUGAAAGGAUCAAAGGGAGAAGUGUAAAUGGGAAAACCAUCCACAUUAAAGGCUGCUCUAAUGGGUUAAUAGAACCAGGUCACGGAGUAUCUAAACAUUGUAGUUCUGCUAAUAAUGUGGAAAAGCCAUCGUUGGAGGGCCGCAAGCCUCUUGAUUCUUUUCCCAAAUGUUUCACUUCUAGGAAAUUAGUUAAUAGAGAUGAUGAUGAAACAUUAGAUAGGUGCACACAACUGAACUCCAAGAAUAAUACAUCUGGCGCACCACCAGAUACGCCAAAAUUGAAGGAUGCAAGUCCUUUUAUAAGUGAUGAGAACAAUAGUAGGGACAUUUCUGAGCUUGAAAGUUUACAAAGGAUGUAUCCAUUUAAGAAGAGGAAAUUCUUCAAUCAGACCUCAUCUUCUGCAUCUGAUAGGGGGUCUCAAUGUCAAGGCAUGUUUGAUUCUUCUGACACCAUCAGGGUUAAUGGCACAAACCAUGCAAUUGAGGAAUCAUCCUCUAUAGUUGGUCAACAAGCACAUUUUGGGUCCAGGGGUUGUAAUGUGAAGCUCAGCAUAAAAUCCUUUAAAGUCCCAGAGCUUUUUAUUGAUAUACCUGAAACUGCAACUAUUGGUUCACUGAAAAGAACAGUAAUGGAGGCUGUGACAGCUAUACUUGGAGAUGAAUUACAUGUGGGCAUCCUUCUUCAGGGAAAGAAAGUCCGAGAUGAUAGCAAAACUCUGAUCCAAACUGGGAUAUCUCAAGAUGACAAACGUCAUAGAUUGGGAUUUAUGUUGGAGCCAAGACAUACUCAAUCUCCAUCUUCAUACAAUGAUGACCCUUGUUAUCCAACCACUAGUUCGCGACAAAAAUUAUCCAGGCAAUCAACAUCUGUAACGUUACAACAAGGAACAUAUAAUGUAUCCAAAGAACGUUCUAUGAUCAAAAUUGAAAGUUAUGCUGAGGGUGAUCUUAAUAUGGUCACCUCUCUAGCAGAUACUUCAGCUAACAAUAACAUGUCAAAGUGUCGGGCUCUGGUGGCAGUUCCUGCCAUUAACAUGGAAACAUUAGCUGUGGUUCCAUUCCGGCGCAAAUCUGAGAAUCCUGACUUUGCACAGCGCCGAAUUAGAAGGCCAUUCUCUGUUCUAGAAGUAGAAGCAUUGGUUCAGGCUGUUGAAAAACUUGGAACUGGAAGGUGGCGUGAUGUCAAACAACGUGCUUUUGACCAUGCAAAGCAUCGAACUUAUGUGGAUUUGAAGGAUAAGUGGAAAACAUUAGUGCACACUGCAAGAAUCUCCCCUCAGCAAAGGAGGGGAGAACCUGUUCCUCAGGAGCUUCUGGAUAGGGUCUUAGCUGCUCAUGCCUAUUGGUCUCAACAACAGUGUAAGCAUCAACUUAAACCACUGUGAACCAUUUCAACUAUUGAUGAACACAGAAGAACAAGUACAUUGUUGCAGAAGUACGAUUUCCAAAGUGAAGUAGUGCAGUUAUGAUAGAAGUUGAUAGUAUAAAACGUUUACAUAAUAUACUCAUGUGAUUCCAUAAUUUAUCCUCCCUAAGCCUGAUAAUGGUUUGGUUGUCUGUACAUGAUUGUUUUGGCCUAAAAGGAAUAUGGUGUCACUCAUACCUUCCCUUGUGGUCGAUUGCUAGCAUGCUAUCAAUAUGCAAAUUAGAAUAAUGAAUAAUGUAUAGUAGUUAAACCUCUUAGAAAUUGUUUCUUGGUUAUCUUCAUUGUUGCAAGCCAUUACAAUGACAUAAAGGAAUACAUAUAUGAACAGAUAAAAAUCUUAUGCAAAUA